UGCUUUAUCCAGCGUAAAAAUUGGUUGAUCGCAGAUCGGUGAGAUGUUGGCGCUCAUUUUCCUCUUUCUGAAUUUGUUUUUCGAUCGUCGAACCGGUCGAACGUCGAUCCUUACCGAAGUUUCAGCGGCUCUGCGAGUGAAGAUUAAUUCAAAAUUUUAAGUAAUUUAAAGUCUCGUAGAUAGUCUCGAUCGUUGGACGUUUAUCGUGCACAGCCGGUCAGCCGUUGUCGACAAGACUGCUUGCGCCAGCCUCGGCUGUCUCCGUUUUCGACUUUCAGCUUUCAGCGGUGGUUGUGCGCUGUGGUUAGAACGAGUUGAGAAACCCUGCGGAUAGCGGAUACGAUGGCUUUGCUGGGAACAAUUAUGACUCCUCGAACCGAUUCGAAAAUUCGCGCUAGAAUUCUAGCUUACAAACUGAGAAAUAAGCCGGCCGACUUCAAGGAUAUCCUUCGAGAGCGUUUCAGGUCGAGAAUAAAGCUAAACAGAAGUUCGCUACUCGACCGAAUGAGACGGUCGGACAAGACGAGCGCCAGCGCCAGUGCCAGUGCCAGCGAUGGUUUUCAAGACACUCUGUGCGCUUAUUUGUACGACGAGUUGGGCGAAUUUCAAGAUUCUUCGGAAUCGCUAGCCUGUCCCAACGACGAUUCGUCAUCAUGCGCCGCCGACGUCGACGCCGUUAACGAUAAGAACAGUUUCGAUAUCGAAAGGGAAAUUGAAGUAAUGAAACAGAUAGAAGACGAACUUAUAGAAGAGCAAUUAAAUUGGAUAUUGGAGGAGUACCGUAAAGCCGAAGAAGAGCAAUUUUUCGAGCCAACACCGAAACUCGUAUGUUGCCCGGUUUGUCAGGAAGGUUUUCUGCAAAUAGCGAAAGGAAAGAACCUUAUAACGUGCGCUCGAUGUCCGAUAGAAUUGUACACGAGUCUCUCGUUGGAGCAAAUCGAAUCGGCUGCCAAUCAAACGGUGAACGAGCACGCCACCUACUGCCACAGCAAACCUAAUUUCGCCGUCAUGAGCGAACCUUAUUUCAACGGAUUAUUCGUCAUUUGUAGCGUAUGUUCGUUGUUUAACGCGUUGAGCUGACGGACGGACGGGCGGACGGGCUACGCUACGAGAUUAUCGCGUUCACUCGGUUUUAACGUACCGUUUGUCUCUCGAGUUACCCGAGUAACAUACUCGUACGUUAAUCGGCGAUCGGCGUAGCUAUUUUCGUCUUCGCUACGCUGUGCUGUGCUGCGCUACCGCGGUAAUCUUUUCAUUUUGAAUUUUCGAUUCGAUACACCAUACGAGACGCAACGCAACUUAACGUUAAGAAGGUGAUCAAGUACCAGUAUCGUUUGCAGUGCGGGCCAGACCACCAACUUGGAGUUACCCGAUGUAUUUCGUUAACGCGCGGUAUAAAAUCUUACUAUCUACGAAAUUUCAAUUUCCGUUUGUUUUCGCGAUCGCGAUACGAUCGGCGCGUUUUUCUAAACCGUAAAAAUUUCCCAUCCGUUGACGCAGAAUGAGCGAAUGCCUACGGGCUACGUGACGAGCCGUCCGAAAUGUCUACUAAAAUUGCUGGCGACAUUUUUUCCCCCUCAACUUACUUACCUUUAUUUUGCGCGUAGAAUUGUCGCGUGUUUUGGUUUAAUUUUUCGUUUUGCAAAUUCCGAGUCGUAUGUUUUGUUUUUCACGAAGGGUCGAAGGCGCGUAAUUAUAAGUACUUGUAGUUGUAGCUAAAUAGCGAAUACCCUAGGGAAACGUAAUGGAUGUUGGAAAUGAAUAGGCGCACCGCGUUCGACGAUAUGAUUUAUAUUCUCAUUCUCAGAUUCGCAUUUGUUUAUUAAUACAUAAUUACGAAGCUUACGAAAUAUAUAUAUAUUACAAACGCGG